GCGCUGACCUGUGAUGUGCAACAGUUGGCCGGGCUGGUCUUGUGCCCUGGCUCCAGCUCGCUGGCAUGAAGGUUUUCCGCAGGAAGGCGUUGGUUCUCUGCUUGGGCUACGUGCUGCUGCUGCUGCUCACCAUGCUCAACCUGCUGGACUACAAGUGGCACAAGGGGCCGCAGCAGUGCAGCGAGCCCUUGCCUGCCCGCCGCACCCCGUACCCGCAGCAGCUGCCUUAUUACGCCUCUCAGUCCCGGUCGGAUACUCGGGCUCUCUACGGGCCCCCGGUGCCCCUCAACCGCAAGCGGCAGCUGGUCUAUGUUUUGACCACCUGGCGCUCGGGGUCGUCCUUCUUCGGGGAACUCUUCAACCAGAACCCAGAGGUCUUCUUUCUCUACGAGCCCGUGUGGCACGUGUGGCAGAAGCUGUACCCUGGGGAUGCUGUGUCCCUGCAGGGCGCAGCCCGGGACAUGUUGAGCUCCCUCUACCGAUGCGACCUCUCUGUCUUCCAGCUCUAUAGCACAGCUGGGGCUGGGAAGAACCUCACCACCUUGGGCAUCUUCGGGGCAGCCACCAACAAGGUGAUUUGCUCCUCACCACUUUGCCCGGCCUACCGCAAAGACGUUGUGGGCAUGGUGGAUGACAAGGUGUGCAAGAAGUGCCCGCCACAGCAGCUUGGCCUCUUCCAGGAAGAGUGCCUCAAGUACCACACCUUGGUCAUCAAGGGCGUGCGGGUCUUUGACAUUGGAGUCCUGGCACCGCUCAUGCAAGACCCAUCCUUGGCUCUCAAAGUCAUCCACUUGGUCCGGGACCCCCGAGCCGUGGCCAGCUCCAGGAUCAAAUCCCGCCACGGGCUUAUCCGGGAGAGCUUGCAGGUAGUGAGGAGCAGGGACCCCCGCAUCCACCGCAUGCCCUUCCUGGAUGCAGGCCACAAGCUGAACAGCAAGAAGGAAGGGGGAGGUGGCUCGGACUACCAUGCCUUAGGGGCCAUGGAGGUGAUUUGCAGUAGCAUGGCAAAGACCCUGCAAACUGCUUUGCACCCCCCUGACUGGCUGAAGGGUAAUUAUAUGGCUGUCCGCUAUGAGGACCUGGUAGUGGACCCCAUCAAGACUUUACGGCAGGUGUAUGGAUUUGUUAACCUAGUGGUGAGCCCAGAGAUGGAGAAGUUUGCCCUCAACAUGACCAGUGGCCCUGGUUAUUCCUCCAAACCCUUUGUGGUCUCUGCCAGGAAUGCUAGCCAGGCAGUCAAUGCCUGGAGGACAGCGCUGAGCUUUCAGCAGAUUAAGCAAGUGGAGGAGUAUUGCCACCAGCCCAUGGCCAUUCUGGGCUACGAGAGAGUCAACAGCCCAGAAGAAGUCAAGGACCUCAGUAAAACCUUGCUCAGGAAGCCAAGGUUGUGAAUGGGGCUGCACGCUUUCUACAGAAAGGGACUGAGAGAGCAAUCGACAACUUUCCAGACAAUUGCAUUAGCGACAGAGAGAGACGGUGCAAAAUAUGGCUUUUUCUUAAGGACAGUUAGGAAGACAAUUUUGAUCCUACAAAGGUUACUGAGGAUCACACACAUUCAUGUUUUGCAUUGUUGGGCUAUCGUUCCUGCACACACAGGCACACACACACUUGUAAGGCCUCUUUUCUCUCCAAAAUCCCAAGUCACGUAAUCCAGUAUGUAUCAGAAUCUUUACAUACUUAUUGUUGUGAUAAUGACCAUGAAGGACUUGCACAUUCGAUGAGGCAUGUGUGUCUGUGUGGUGGUGGUGGUGGUAGGUUGAGACCAGGGAGUACUCAGUAAAGCAAAAUUCAGAGGACUGGACUUUUGUAUAAAGAUUUAAAUGUGACAUUAAUAAAGAAAU